AGUGUCUUUUUCAAUCUCAAUUUCAGAUUGUUGUAAAACUUUCCAAGCACUUUGUAACUCUGGUAUAAAGAGCAAAGACAAAUUCAGCACGUUGAAGUGCACAAUAAAAUAACCUAGUAGUAGAUACAUACAGCAUCGGAACGCAAAAAUGGCCACCGCUUCCCAAGCUCAACCCCAACCACUUCCUCUUCAAGACCGAGUCGCAAUCGUCACCGGCUCCUCUCGCGGAAUCGGCCGCGAAAUCGCGAUUCACCUCGCUUCUCUCGGUGCGCGAAUCGUCAUCAAUUACACCUCCAACUCAUCCAAAGCCGACUCAGUCGCCGCUCAAAUCAACGCCAACUCCCCCACGCCGCGCGCCGUCGUGGUAAAGGCAGACGUGUCCGAACCGAACCAAGUCAAGUCCCUCUUUGACUCGGCCGAGCGCGCCUUUGACUCGCCGAUACACAUCCUGGUCAACUCGGCAGGCGUCCUCGACGGCACGUACCCCUCCAUCGGGAACACCACUCUGGAGUCCUUCGACCAUACCUUCGCGGUGAACACGCGCGGCGCGUUUAUCUGCGCGAGGGAGGCGACGAACCGGUUGAAGCGCGGCGGCGGGGGGCGGAUCAUCCUGGUGACGUCGUCGCAGGUGGCGGCGCUGCGGCCGGGGUUCGGUGUUUACGCUGCGUCGAAGGCUGCGGUGGAGGCGAUGGUGAAGGUGCUGGCGAAGGAGCUGAAGGGAACGCAGAUCACGGCGAACUGCGUGGCGCCGGGGCCCAUCGCAACGGAGAUGUUCUUUGAGGGGAAGUCGGAGGAGACUGUGAAUAGGAUCGUGCAAGAGAGUCCUUUGGGGAGGCUGGGUGAGGCCAAAGACGUGGCUCCUGUUGUGGGCUUCUUGGCCACUGAUGCUGCUGAAUGGCUCAAUGGUCAAAUUGUUCGUGUCAAUGGCGGUUAUAUUUAAUCCACACUUCUUUCACUUCAUUUUCAUCCACUUUCUCUACUUGAACUGAAUUGGAAGAUGGAAAUAACAUGCCAGAGUUCACACACAUACACGUAUUAAUAAGUUUCCAGUGAAUGAGUAUCAUCUCACAAUUUCAUCAUGCAUAUUUGUUAGUUUCAUCUAUACUUACUCAAAA